UUUUAUAAUUGCGAAAAUGUCCACUUUCGUGGAUCGACUUUCACAAAUUUUCUCAUUAGCAAAAAGUAAAAAAGUUACUGACUAUAAGAAAGCAAUAAAACUCUUAUUAGAAUUUUUGGAUGAUAAUUCAGAGAUAGCUUUUGAACAAAUAACUGAAUAUUCUAAAAAUCCUGGAUCAAAUGUUAAAUACAAUUCAUAUUCCUGGAAUAACAUUUUUAACAUUGUACACGAACUAUUUAUAAUUGAAAUCGAUCGAAUUAGUAAACUUAGUGGAAAUUCUGGAAAACUUGACAAAGACAGAAUUAUAAAACUUAUUUAUUCAAUCACAGAUAAAGCCAACUAUUAUUUAAAGGCUAAAGAUGUCAUUCUAUCAAAUUUACAAGUAUUAGAAAUUAAAAAGACCCAUAUUUAUUCUGAGUUUUAUGAAUUGUAUUUAGGAAUUUUGAGAAAACAUGUACUUCAAGAGAGAUCACAGAGAAUAUUAGUUGAUCCUAAUCUAUGGCAAGACUUAUUAAAUGCUUGUAUUUCUAUUUUAAAAAAUAUUAUUCCAAAUAUUGAUUAUGUAAAACUUCUUCAAGUUGUAGAACUCAUUGUUCAAUAUGGAUGUUCUUUGUCUACUUUAUUAUUUGAAAUAAGAAAUCUACUACCAAUAAUUGCUAAUCUUUUAGAAAACUAUGAAUUAUAUCAUAUUAAAUCGACUGAUAUUUUAUUUAAAUUAACUUACACAGUAUGUCAACAAAUUGCAAUAGAUAGUAGAUAUAUUUUGUCUAGAUUUUCAGAGAAUAUGCCAUUAACACUAAUAAAUCUUAAGGGACCAGAAGAAAAAUAUAAAUUAUAUCUUCUAUUAAUACAAAUUCAUCAUCCUAAUGGUGCUACUUUAGGUGAUGAUGUCUGUUAUAUUCAUGAUCAAGAUAAAUGGAAAGCAAUUUUGAAUCUAUUAUACAAAAUGAUAAUAAACGAUAUAAGAUCUACAAUGUUAACAAAGAGUUUUAUUGCUUUGUCUUGUGAAGUUUUCAGACAAAAAAUUUUUAUGAAAUUACCAAAUUUAUCUCAAUCAAGUACCCUUCAUGACAGUAUAUACAUUCAACCAAAAAAAAGAAGACGUACAUCAGAUAAUAUAGAAAGAUUAGUUGAUUUUAUUAAUGGGAAUGAUCCUGAAAGAGCAUGGCCUAUAAUUCAAAUAGCCGCAAUGUUAUACAAAAAAUAUCCUGACUGUUUAAAAUUUGAUGAAUAUAUGGAAUUUUUAGAUGUUAUAAUUAAACUAUUGAGACAAGCAUGUAAAAAUUUUUAUAUCAUGGAAAAUCUUUGUAACCUUGCUACAGUAUUUCUUCAAAAUGAAAAAAGAUACAAAGAAAUUGUUUUAAUAACUUACUGGAAUAAAGUGUGGGAUAGUGUAUUAAGAUAUUUAAGUAUGAAUCAUCAAGAAAUUAUAAAAGAAGGAUAUAUUUUAGUCCAAAAUCUUAUUAUUUAUGAAAAAAUAUCCAACCCAAACACAUUUUUAAAAUUGUAUUUAACAAAAUCAAUUCAGUGGUCAAAUUUUAGUAUACAGACUUUAAGAAUAUUUUGUGAAAAUAUUGUUUUACCAAAUGAGAUUGAAGAUUUCAAUAAGAAUUUCACAUUAUCAACAAAUAAUUCUUUAAAAAUACAGUUAUUAGAGUGGACUUUAAAUAUGACAAUUAGAAGAUUAACAAUACCUUUACCAAUUGAAGCAUAUAGUAAAAUUUUAAUUGGUUUUACAUUAAAAAGUUGGUAUAAGAUACUUAAGAAUGAUUCCCAAAAUAAUUUUUACAAUAGUUGCAAUAUGAAUUUCAAGCAUAAAUUUGAUAAUGUUGAAACAAUAGCUACAGAAGAUAUUGAACGCUGUUAUCUAUCACUUAAAUUUCAAACGGGCUUAUUUGUUGUUCAAACUAAUAAUGAGGAUAUGCAAAUAUUAAAUGAAAAUAAUACAGAAAAUCCAUACAUUAUAGAAGAUUUAAAUUUUUUAAUCAAAAGCUUAAUACAAAGUGUUCAAGUAAAUGAUCGAGAUAAAGAUUUUAAUUCAUUUAUAACGAAAACUACAUUAAUGGCUAAAGUUAUUUCAGAUUUGAAGGCAAUGAAAAUGAUCGAAUGUAAUUUUGAUGAAUUUUGUCUUGUCAAUGAAUUAAAAAUAUGUUUAACAAAAAUUGUUGAUCAUAUUACAAAUAUUAAUUGGUCAAAAGCAACACGAUUAACAUUAGAAAUAACAAAAUCAUUAAUUUUACUAUGUGACACAAACUAUGAUGUAGUAAUUAAUGAUAUUAUAUUAAGAUCAAUAAAUUUUCAAAUGUUAAAAAAAAUAUACAAUAUUUGCAAAAUUGAAGAUGAUGAAUUUGAACCAGAUUCGAAUACAGAUGAAUGUAAAAUAAAUGCCAUUACUAUAUUAGCAUUAUAUUGUUGUAUAGAUGCUGGAAGUGAAAUGUCAGAAUUACAAAUUAAAAUAAGUAGCACCCUUUUAAAACUUAAAAAAUACAGUUUAUCUAUACAAAGUGAUGUAAUAUGUGUUACUACAAUUCUAAACAUAUUUGUCAAUAUGUCAAAUAAUUUAAUCAGGGAAGAAUUUAUAGAGCUAUUAGUUAAUUUUAUAAUAGAAUUAUUUGAAGAAUGGCGGAAAGAUAAUAUAAUCACCCAUUGUUUGUUACAACAUUUGCCAAAAAUUUUAGAAAAAAUUACAUAUACAGAAGAUAAAGAUAAUAUUAAUAUACACAAUAUUUUACUAAUUUGUAAACUUUAUCAUGAUUGUUUUGCCAAAGGUGUAUAUGGACAAUUAACUCAUCUAUCAUUCAUAAAUUGUUUAAAUAACAUUAUUAAAGACAAAAAAAUUUUUAAUACCAAAAUUGAUAUUUUAAAUGACCAAAUGUUUAUAACUUUUAUAAAUAGUCCUUAUUAUCUUGUACGGUUUGAAAAUUUAAAAUGUUUGAACUCUAUAUUUUCUUCAUCAAAAUUUGAGCAUUCUUGGAAAUCUAAUUUUUUUGAUAAAUUGGAAGAUGCUAUUUAUAAACUUUUUCUAAUUCAAAGAGAAUUAAAUAUUCAAGAGUUACAGGAAGAACGAUUAUUAAGAAGUACUAGUGCUCUGCAAACUUUAGCUGUUGUGAUUUGUAGUAAAAGUACUUUUCAAAGUUCUGCAUUAUUUACUUUAUUAAAAAUCGUCGUUGACAAAGAUAUCGACAUAAAUAUAGCUAAGCACGUUUUACAUGUAAUUGAAAAUCUCAACACUUCUUGCAAAUGCAUAGUCAUACAAAAUUUUAAUUAUCUAUUUUCACGUUGGUGCCGUGAGAAAAGUCUUGAUUCAUUUCCAUAUCUUCUUUUUAAUUGUACAAGUGAAACGGAUUUUUACAAACGUUAUAUUGACAUAAUUUUUCCUGUACUGAUUCGUGAAGGCCAAAUAAACGAUACUCAAAGCAUAUGCCACAAACUUGGUGUUCCAUUUGAGCAGACUCUUAAAAAUUGCUGUUCCAAGAUUAUACCCUGGAUGUUAACAGACGAAUCUUCAGAAAUACGAAGCAAUCCAUCUAUCUUUGAAGAAAUGCAAAAUUGUUUGGUUCUCGAAAGAAUAAAUCUUCAGGAAGUUAUUAUACAUUUAGUGGAGCGAUUACACGACGUCGAUGACUUCUAUAUUACAUUCAAUAAAUCUAUAAUUUUGCCCGCCUUUGAUCCUCCCCACUAUAAGAAGGACGUAAUUAAUUGUUGCUUCGAUCGAUUAACAACGAUAAUUUGUGGAGAAAACUAUCAAUCUGUGUUAUUAUUUAUAAUGACACGACAUUCGUGUACGGUGCAAAAAAUCUUACUACAAUUAACAUGCAAUAUAUAUGCUAAUAAUAUAAUAGAAUAUAAGGCAAAAAGCUUACAUCAGUAUGUUUAUUUUUGCUCAAAAAUCGCUGAGGUACUAAAAGAGAGCUACUGUGACCCAGUCGCAACUUAUUUCAUUAAAGAUAUUGGAUGUACUUUAUUGAAUUUAAUAAAAGAAAAUAAUGAUAUUACACAAUUAGCAUGUAAAUAUUUGCACAUAUUCUUAAAAACUAUCCUUCCAAAAAGAUUCGCAGAAGUAGGCAAUAUCUUGAAUUUAUGUGUUAAAACGCUUUCGCCCUUCAUUCUUGAUAAAACUGAUUGUUUGAUUGCUAACGACAUAUUAAAUUUUUUAUUAAAAGAGCAAAGUCAUUGUCUCGUUACUCCGAUAGAAAAUUUAGAUAGUCUACCUAACAUCUUAAGAUCAACAAAUGACCAGGAUACCGAAUCACAGCUUUUACGAGAGAAUAUGGAACACUUUUUAAAUGUAAGUGAAGACGAAAACUGCAGCCUUAAUAGUCUUUUAAUAUUGAAGAAUCAACUGAUUAUAAAGAAAUGCCAACUCGAGGAAUUAUACGAAGAAUUGGAAUCUAGUCAAGGCUUUGAUGAAUAUUCUACCCCAAGUGUAUUACAUCGGCUCAUUUAUCGACUCAUACGUCUUACCGAAUACAAAAAUACAACGAUUGUACUUGAAGCUGCAAAAUGCCUGGGGAUCCUUGGACCUGCUAAUCUUUCUACUAUGAUACUUCAUCCACAAGAGAUGCAAAUGAGAGAAUCGAUAGAUAAAGUGGAUCUUCUAACACGCGAUAUUUGCCGAAUGUUAGCAGAUUUUGUUGUGAGUAGCGACAUUAACUUGCGAAUAGUUAGCAGUGAGGCACUUUAUGCAGUACUGGAUACACCAUGGGGAACUCGUUUAAUUGAACGAGAAUUCGAUAAUGACAAGACUUCUACAUUCUUCAAAGAUUUUUUAUAUCCGUUUAGAAGUCUCCACAAUAUGAACAGAAUUAAAGUUCAAAUUGACAUUACUGAAUACAAUCAAGUUUUUUGCGAAGAUAAUCCUUUAUGGACUGAAAAAUCUAACGAAUCUUAUGGUACUUGGAUAGCAAAUAUAACAUCUGCAGUGGCAAAUUGUCUCACCAACUUUUACAGUAAAAAUCUUGUCCCACUUUUUAAUUUGCAUGUCCAAUUUUGUGAGCUAACAUUACCUCGCUUAAUUAGCCUCAUCAUCCAUGAUAAUUUAAAAUUAACGAAAAAAGUGUGUCAAUGCAUUAAUCAGUUUUUCAAAUUUUAUUUUUAUAAAAAUGACGAAACCAAUGAAAUUUUCUGCUCUUCAUCACAGAAAAUAUCGACAUCCAUAGCACACGAUGCAAUACGGUGUAUGUUGAACGUUGUUAGUCAUCUAAGGAUACAAACAAAGGAACAGAUGCACCUAGAAUUUGAUUAUCUACCAAUAGCUCUAGCAGCACAAUUUUGUUCUGCAUAUUUUUCUUCGAUACUAUAUGCUGAAUUAUGGUGUCGAGUUAAUUUAAAAAUAUCUAGAGACUUUGACAGUAUUCCAAUCAUUGAUCAAAUUUACGAACAAGAGAACAAGCAGGGAAAACUUGUACAAGAUAUAUUGAAGGAAGCGUACAUAAAAAUCGGAGAUGUAGAUUCCAUUUAUGGCUGUGGGUCCUCGCAUCUGCAAAAUCGGAAAUCCAGAAUCCCAUAUUACAUGAAUUUUAAAAAACUGGAUAAACUCAUACUAUCACAAGACGUUGAAUUGAGUGUUGUUAGCAACUCAUCCACUAGAGGAAUGAUCAAUGCUUUAAAAGAAUCUAGUCUUCACUAUUUAGCAAAGUGUUUAUUAAGUAAAACAUCAGGAAAACCGGAUUUCAUGGAUGAUCUAUGCUAUGAUUCUUUAUGGAGAUUAAGUGAUUGGAAUCGAAUUACAAAUUUAAAAACAUCUCGGACAUCCAAAAAUAUUUGCGAUUUUUCAAUGUACCAUUAUGAAGCUUUAAAGUGUCUGCAUAAAAACGAUAAUAGCUCAUUAAAAUCUUGUCUUGAACAAGCUUAUUUUUGUAUUAUUAAAGAUCUUAGCAAUAUCAGCUUAGAAAGUUGCAAGGCAGUAUAUCCAAAACUUUCUCAAUUACAAAUGCUUCGAGAAAUUGAAGAAUUUAGCUCAACAAAGUCUGACGAUUAUGAAAUUCUUUUCGUCCGUUGGAAUAACCAAAAAUAUAUUUGCAAUAACAGUUUUCAAUACAUUGAGCCUAUCCUCUCUCAAAGGUUAGUAAUGUUUCAAAUUCAAGAAUCUUUGAAAAAUAGUACGAUUGUCAAGAAUGCUUUAAUUAAUGUUCAAUUGGAAAUCGCACAAUUAGCACAGCAACAAGGAUAUCUUAAUGUAGCUGCUCGCGCUUUAGAAAGUCUAUCAAAACAAAUAGAUUUAGAUGAAGAAACUGAGAAUCAAAUUCUUUAUUAUGAAGCUUGUUUAGCGUGGAUGAGAAAUGAUGAAGAUAUGGCACGGUUCAACCUUCGAAGUCUCUUAAGAAAGGACUCUAUAAAUUUAAGUUUAUUAGCACGAACUCUACGUAUUUAUGGCAAUUGGAUAGCUGAAAAUAAAUCUGAGAAUCCACAGGCUAUUAUCAGUAAGUAUUAUAAAAAAGCAAUUAAUACUUACUCAGCAAUAUCUAAACUCACUGUAGAUGACUUAAAAAAUAAAUGUAAGUCGUGCGCGGCUUUAGCCCAAUUUGCACACGAGCAAUACUUAAUUAUCACAGACUACAUGAAAUCUCCACAAUUUGAGAGCCUAAAGGAGUGUAUAGAUUAUUCGCGAAAUGUUGUACCGAAAAGUAUUAAAAUGAAUGACGUUGACGUUCUUCGGGCAGUGAAGAUUAAUUCAAAACAGAGUUCCAAUGAUUGCAUUGAAUUGGAGAAUAUACAAAAAGACAAAAUUACGUAUUUAUCCCUAGCAAUAAAAAACUAUUUAUCGAUUCUGCAAGAUAGCGACGAAUACGAUCUUUUGGUAUUCCGUUUAAUUUCUCUUUGGCUCGAUAAUAUGUAUGACGAAGAAGUGAACAAACUCAUAGAAAAGCAACUUGAACAAAUUCCAUCUUAUAAAUUUAUAGUGUUAGUACCACAACUAGCACCACACAUGAGUAACAUAAGUGAUAUUUUCACGCGUAAGAUAUUUCAAUUACUCGAGCGAUGUGCCAAGGAACAUCCACACCAUACGUUACCAACAUUAUUAGCUUUAAAGAAUCUUCAUAAUGAUUCAAAAUUCUGCAGUAGAAAAGUAGCUAGGCAAGAACCUCGAGUACUUGGUGCUCAGCAACUUAUUCAGCAACUACUAUGCACAAAUAUCAGACCAAUAAUACAAGAAAUGGAUCGAUUGUCGGAUGCUUUAGUGAUGUUGGCAUACUUUGAUUUAGAUAAGAAAAAUACUACAAUUUCUAAGAUUUCUAUUCCGAAAAAUGUAACUUUACACGAUAUUAGAGACUUUGAGCAUUCGAUUAUACCAACGGUAAUUAUUGAUGUUAAAAAAAAUGGAAAUUACAGAAAUAUUAUUAGUGUAAAAAAGUAUGAAUCAAUGUAUAGUAACGUUGGUGGUAUAAAUGCUCCUAAAAGAAUUAUUUGUAUUGGAACUGAUGGAGUUGAAAGACGACAAUUAGUAAAGGGAAAAGAUGAUUUACGCCAAGAUGCGGUGAUGCAACAAGUUUUUACAGUAAUGAAUUCCUUAUUAAAGAGUAAUAAAAAUGCUAAGCAACGAAAGCUUUAUAUUCGCACAUAUAAAGUUGUUCCACUUACUCAACGAUCUGGUGUAUUGCAGUGGUGCGAAAAUACACUGCCCCUUAGUUGUAUACUUACCGGUGAUGGAACUAGUCAAAUUGGACUUCAUCAAAAGUAUUUUCCAAAUGACUAUGCGCCAAAUGAUUGUAGAAAAAGACUACAUGUCGCUAAAACUAUUCAACAAAAAUAUAAUAUUUUUAUGGAUUGUUGUAAUAAUUUACAUCCAGCAUUUCAUCAUUUCUUCACUGAAAAUUAUUUAUCACCUGAAAUAUGGUUCGAACGAAGAUUAGCUUAUACAAGAAGCGUGGCAACGACUUCAAUUAUUGGAUAUAUUCUAGGUUUGGGAGAUAGACAUGUAUCAAAUAUUUUAAUUGAUAAAUCUACAGCAGAAGUAAUUCAUAUAGAUUUUGGGAUAGCUUUUGAACAAGGAAAAUUAUUACCAACUCCAGAAACGGUACCAUUCAGAUUGACUAGAGAUAUUGAAAUAGCGAUGGGAGUUUCGGGUAUUGAAGGAACUAUGCGAAAGUGCUGUGAACAAACUAUGACUGUUUUACGAGAACAAAAAGAAAUUAUUGUAACUUUAUUAAGAGUAUUAUUAUAUGAUCCUCUUUAUUCUUGGGCUAUAACUCCAGCUAAAGCAGCAACAUACCAAAGUGAACAUUCUACUCGAUCUAGUCAAAACAAAGAAAGCAAUAGUCCAGCUGGAGUUAUAGAAACAAAUAAAUUAGCAGAAAGAGCUCUUUUACGUGUCCAACAAAAAUUACAAGGAAUAGAGGAUGGGGUACCUUCUAGCAUUGCAGGUCAAGUAGAAAGAUUAAUACAACAAGCCCGUGAUCCAACAAAUUUAAGCCGACUAUUUGAAGGUUGGCAAGCCUAUUUGUAGGAUAAUUGUAUUUAUACCAUUUUAUUGCAUC